UAAGUUUGUUACAAAAAUGUUCAAGUUACCACCCAACGUGACCUUUGAGUCUCUCAAAAUGGAGCUCAUGCAAAUACCCCAAACCGAUCUCUUGAGGAUGGCUGUUGCUCUAGUUUUGGUUGCCAUUGCUGCCUAUUUUCAUUACAACAAGAAACCCAAAGGUUCCUUAAAUCCUGAGAAGUUUAUAGACUUCAAACUUGUUAAGAAAACUCAGUUAAGCCACAAUACUGCAAAGUUUAAAUUUGCUCUUCCUAAACCUACUUCAGUAUUGGGUCUUCCAGUUGGACAACAUAUAAUUUGCAGGGGAAUAGAUAGUCAAGGUGAAGAAGUGAUUAGACCGUAUACCCCAGUCACUUUGGACUCUCAUGUUGGUUACUUCGAACUGGUUGUUAAGAUGUAUCCUAAGGGAAGGAUGUCCCACCAUUUCAGAGAGAUGCGCGAAGGUGAUUACUUGCCUGUUCAGGGCCCCAAGGGGCGUUUAAUAUACAAACCUGGCCAAGCUCGAGCUUUUGGAAUGCUUGCCGGUGGCUCUGGCAUAACCCCAAUGUUUCAGCUCACUAGAGCCAUUCUAGAAAACCCAAAAGAUAAGACCAAUGUUCAUCUAAUUUAUGCCAAUGUCACAUUGGAGGACAUUCUGUUGAAGGAAGAGCUAGAUGCCUUUGCUAAAAAAUUCCCUAACCAAUUCAAAGUCUAUUACGUGUUGAAUCAGCCUCCUUUCGCAUGGAAUGGUGGCAGUGGGUUUAUAUCCAAGGAAAUCAUUCAAAGCCAUUGCCCGGCACCAGCCUCAGAUAUACAGAUACUGAGGUGCGGUCCACCAGCCAUGAACAAGGCUAUGAAAGCUCACCUUGAUGCACUUGGAUACCAAUCUGAGAUGCAGUUCGAGUUCUGAUUUACUAUUGUUUAUAAUUUUCGUUUUAUUUGCUUCAUAUGUUCUUUAUGUAUAGUUGGCUGUUAACUCGAGCAAAGCAUGAACAUCAUAUAAGAAAAAAUUUACUAUGAAUGUUGUAGUGUUAAAAUCAAACACUUUGAGUCAAACACUUUUUGAGUCUAAACUUUGACCAAUGAUCAGGUUAUUCUUGGGAUCCCUCAUUGACAUUCUAUGGAGGAACAUGCGUUGCACAAUUUCGAGUGGCAGACAUGUACUCAUUUAAUUUGAAUUUUCAUAAGACAGCCUCACUUAAGAAAGGGAUUACAAAU